AUGCCGGACAUGCUUUCAUUAAUAAAUUCACCUGCCGGGCCCAUCCCCAGAUUGUCUUCAUCCUCCUCCGAUGACGGCGAGCCCUUGGCUUUGGAGGUAAUAAAGCAGCUCCGUGGCAGGAUCGCACCUCGAGAGCCGCCUUCACAACCACAAGACAGCCUCUCUCGACCCGACUCCUACGAGCCAUUCUUCAUCCCUCAUCCCAUCCUCUUCGAGUCCCCCACCACCUCUCAAAACGGCAGCGCACUACUCCAAAUGCCCUCCGAAAUCCUUACCCUUAUCUUCCAACAAGUUAACAUUCCCUACUUCCAAGUCUGCUUGGCACUGACCUGCAAAGACAUGGGAAGAAUCGCGAGCAAAAAGAACGUCAUGUCAUCGUGGCGGGGCUAUCGAGACAAGGAUGGCCUGUUCCGCUUGCUGGAGAGAAAACACUACAUUCCCCAGUCUCUACGACUGUGUCGCGCGUGUUUCCGCUUCGUUCCACGCAGUGCAGGGUAUUGGGUUGAACGGAUGAUGCACCCGGCAUUUGAUCGCAAGUCGGCCAACUGGUACGAUAUUUUCAACUGGUUUAACGAACAGUCGCAUGCCCAACAUCGGUGCCCUUGGUGUUGUAUACUUGGUUAUACCAGUUAUUUCACUGAGAGGAGUUAUCUAAGGGAAAGAGCAUUCCUGGGUGAUGGGGAGCGCUCGACAAUGUGCCCUGAGUUGAAUCGAAGAAUGGACAGGCCCUGA